GAUUUACUCUGAAUCACAGUCCAGGAAAAAGAAAUACUCAUUUUGAUUGAAGUUGAACAUUUGCCUCCAGGAUUAAGAACAAACAGCCAUGCCGGUGCUUUCAGAAGAUGCAGGAUUGCACGAAACCUUAGCCCUAUUGACAUCUCAGCUAAGACCUGAUUCAAAUCACAAAGAAGAAAUGGGAUUCCUUAAAGAUGUCUUCAGUGAGAAGAGUCUCAGUUACUUAAUUAAGAUACAUGAAAAGCUCCGUCAUUAUGAAAGGCAGAGUCCAACCCCUGUUUUACAUAGUGCAGCAGCUUUGGUAGAGGAUGUGAUAGAAGAAUUGCAGACUGCACCAGCAAACAAUGAAGAAAAAGAGCUACUUCAGUUAUUGUCAACACCACAUCUGAAGGCAAUGCUUGUUGUACAUGACACAGUUGCACAGAAGAAUUUUGACCCAGUCCUUCCACCUCUGCCAGAUAAUACUGAAGAUGACUUUGAUGAAGAAUCUGUGAAAAUUGUUCGUCUAGUAAAGAAUAAAGAGCCGUUGGGAGCAACCAUCAGAAGGGAUGAGCACUCUGGGGCUGUGAUCGUAGCAAGGAUCAUGAGAGGGGGUGCAGCUGACCGCAGUGGUCUUGUCCAUGUUGGAGAUGAAUUAAGAGAAGUCAAUGGGAUUGCUGUGCUUCACAAGCGACCAGAAGAAAUCAGUCAUAUUUUGGCUCAGUCUCAGGGAUCAAUAACACUAAAAAUAAUUCCAGCCAUCAAAGAAGAAGAUCGUUUAAAGGACAGCAAGGUCUUUAUGCGGGCACUCUUCUGCUAUAAUCCAAAAGACGACAAAGCCAUUCCCUGUCAAGAGGCAGGAUUGCCAUUUAAGAGGAGACACAUCUUAGAAGUUGUGAGCCAGGAUGACCCAACAUGGUGGCAGGCAAAGCGUGUUGGUGAUACCAACCUCAGAGCAGGAUUGAUCCCUUCAAAACAAUUUCAAGAAAGGCGAUUGACUUACAGAAGAACUAUGGGCACCCUGCAAAACCCUAGAACUGUGAAGAAGCCAUUAUAUGAUCAGUCUUCUGAAAAAGAAGACUGUGACUGUGAAGGAUAUUUCAACGGGCAAUAUAUAGCUGGGUUGCGGAGGAGCUUUAGAUUAAGUCGAAAGGAGAAACAGAACAACCAGACUGAAGCAAAGCAGACGGAACAAGCAGACACUUUGGAGCUACUAACAUAUGAAGAAGUCACGAAGUAUCAGCAACAGCCUGGAGAAAAGCAGAGACUCAUUGUUCUGAUUGGUUCAUUGGGAGCCAAACUAAAUGAGCUCAAGCAGAAAGUUGUAUCAGAGAAUCCACAGGAGUAUGGUGUUGCAGUUCCACAUACAACAAGAUCAAAGAAAAGUCAUGAAAAAGAAGGAGUAGAAUACAAUUUUGUCUCUAAGCAAUCAUUUGAGACAGAUGUCCAGCAGAAUAAAUUUGUUGAACAUGGAGAAUACAAAGAGAAUCUCUAUGGAACAAGCCUUGAGGCAAUCCGGUCCGUCAUGGCCAAAAAUAAAGUUUGUUUGGUGGAUGUAGUACCUGAUGCAGUAAAGCACUUGAGGACUCCAGAAUUUAAGCCUUAUGUUAUUUUUGUGAAGCCUCUGAUUGCAGAAAAGAAAAAAAGUGUGCCAACAUCUCCAACUUCAGAAGAAAUUUUAGCUCCACUUCAGGAUGAAGAACAGCAAGAAAUUAUUAAUUCAGCAGUAUUCAUCGAAGAGCAGUAUGGCCAUUUAAUUGACACUGUGUUGGUGAAAGAAGAUUUCCAGAGUGCCUAUAAUCAACUGAAAAUUGUUCUAGAGAAGCUGAGCAAGGACUCAUUUUGGGUGCCAGUCAGUUGGGUCCGGUUAUAGCCUGUUGUUACGCAUUUAAACAAAAGUUUGUAUAAAACUUGUUGUAAAUACCAGAAUUAUAAACUGAAAGAUGUUGGUUGCAUUUCAAAACUGCCAGUUAGUCCAGGAGAUAAUAUGAAAUGUUCUAUCAGUGGAACCAGGCAGAUCCAGUUAGAAGCUGACACUGGGUUUCUAAACCAGAAUUUUUAAUAGCAAAUAUCAAUUAAAAUGUGUUCAGUAUAACUGAUUAGUAAACAUUUUGAUUAUUUGUAAACUUUGUAAAUACUUUAGUUUGCAGUAUGAAGUGGAACUUUACAUGGGUCCUGUAUUUAGUCAUUGCAACACCAGGCCUGUAGACAGCCUGCCAUCCAGGAUAAUCCUCAACUCCCAGUUACAGCUUCUCUUUCAGUGAGUAGAGAGAGUUUAGGCACCUAUGGAAAGGAUUUUCAGGAGUGCUUCCACUAGCCAGGAACUCACAAUGGCACUUUGCCUUCUUCCUGAUGGCACCCUACCUCUAGCCUCCUAACAUGGGCUGGGAAAAAGCAGGUGUUACUUAUUGUCUAAGCACACCUACAGGAACAAGCCUUGCUAAUGAGGUAAAUAUUCCAUGUCUUUAAUCACGACUUGGCUCAGAUAAGGGGUGCCUGUAGAUGUGCUGGGAGGCUGCUCCAGUGUGCUGUAAUUACUGCAUGUCGGAGCAGACUUGAUUAAUUGAGUUGGCUG